AUGCUUGGAACUGCCUUCCUGGCGCUGCUGGCAGGGGCCAGUGCGUACGCCAGAGCAGCAGCAGUCUCAUCUGUGAGGUCAGCUUCUGCUAAUCUUGCUACGAUCGCGCUGAUCAUUCUCCACUGUGGACCGCGCAGGUCAGCUACUCUCUUAGGGAGCGCUAUCUUGAUGCAGAGGUAUGUGAAGCGAGCUCAAUAACGGCGCUUUCCUUCCUGAUUGACGUGCUUUGUUUCAUUGCUCCUCGCAGGGCAUCGAAAGACCGGUCAAAGUGCUGUUCUCCGACAUGCGCGCAUUGGCGCCUGAUCACAAGGCUGCCAUUGAUCACAGCGUUCAGGAGUUUCACAAGGUACAUCAGAAGGACAUGGCUCAAUUCACUGUCAAGGCUGGCUUUCGUCAAUGGAAAGAUCAGCCAGUCCACUACGCCGUUGGGUACGCGUACGAUAGGCACGCAAAGGCUUUGCCUCCGCUUUGGCGAGCCGAGGUCUCGCACGUCAGCGAAGGGAGGCAGAAAGCAAGAGAUCUCUAUCUUGUCCCAAUGCAGCGUGGCGCUUCCAUGGCGACUCGCAAGAAUGUCACGCGCAAGUCUGGCAACCCGGAAGAGCUCCUGAUUGGCACGGGCAACAUCUCUCCCGACUGGCAAGUGGUGCCAGAGCAUGAGCGCCAACCUCAGUCCAUCAAGCCGGGCGGCUUCACUCCCAAAGUCGGAGCUGAUCAGCAUCCCGCGCUCCUAUCAAGCGUCGAUAGAUCCGCACAGGCCAGUAGCAGACCAGCCAAAUGGAAAACUAGCUCCAGCUCAGGCAUACGCUCUAUUCGAAAACAACUCCAUGAGCGGCGCAUAAAUCAGCGACGGGCUAGCAGGACGCGAGCGCAAGCUUCUACCAGUCAUGCAGCCUCGACGACUCAGACCCCCACUUCCAGCGACGAAGCACAGGGUGCUGGGCCGUAUGUAGCUUCGGGCUCAUCGCGCAUCGAGCGGCGGUCACCGAUGGCCACUACAACGAACACGGCCACUUUGUGAGCUUGUGUGAGUCAUAUCGCGCACCUCGAGUAGAGCUCACCGGCCUAUGCUAUCAAAUGAAACAUUGCAGAGACAAACGCCUGGCGCCGAGGAACAUAGCUCAAGUCAUCAUUGAACCGAGUGCCUCUGCUGCUGCGCAUGCAGUGAGUACCAUUGCGACGGGCUCUCUGAGGAUGGCAAAGCAGUCUGACGCAAGCGCGUGAGAUCGAAUGACAGUCGAGCAGUGCUGCUGCGUCAGAAUCCAAAGUAAGACUUUUGGCCUCUUCGUGCUAGAUGUGGUAGCACGCAUCUUCUCACACGACUCUGCCUCCCAGAAAGUUCAGGUUCUCUUCCACGCCGCGAAGCCAGGACCCGACACCGGUGGCAACCUUGCUCGUGGUCAUCUCCUUGCACACGACCACGCCACACCUUUGUCAGUGUCCCGAUACUUUGCCGUGCGCCUUGACAUUCGCAGCCACUGAGCUGUGCGAACAUGUCCCCCUCUUGGCUGCACCAGAUAUCGUCGAGCUGGCAGCGAGGCUCCUCUCAAAGCUCUCACCCAUGCCGCUGGUGCCGGGCCAUCUAUUGAAGGUCUGACGCAGCAUCAAACGUCUUCACAUGUUGUAAGAACGUUGUAAAGAGGAGGCCGAAUGCACAGCUUUCGCCCGCUGACGUAAAAAAAGCACCGCUGAACAGCUCGAGAUGGAUCUUCCGCACCGACGAGUGGGUAUCAUGACCGAAUACUACCAGACCGCCGACUGACAAUGCAAGCUCCUUCCACGCAGCACAAAUUGAUAGUCGUCAUACCUUCAGUCAUUAAGGACCCAGUGACGCGCGAGGCACUUGCGAGAAGCGCAGCAGCGCACGCAGGCGCCCACGAACCAAAUAUGCAUCAAUUCACCGUCUACAGAGGCUUCCGCGAAGACGUCAAGGAUAGCGGUGAAUGGUACGCUGUGGGCAGGGCUUUUGAUACAAAUACACGGAGGCUUCAAAGUCAUUGGGUAUUUCCACGGAAAAAAGGCGAGCAUCACAGCUACGCGAUUCCUUUGGCAGAGGGCGUCAAAUUUCAACCAUGGCAGUCCAGCGGUCGGAACGCACUGGUCACUGGGACUGGCAAAAUCCCUUCUCAUUUCACUCCAGUACCUGAAAAGAAUCGGCCGCCGAUGGAGCUCCUUCAAGGGAGAGUCGAACCCUACAUUGCGCAGCUAAGGCACGGUCAUGCUCAUCCUGCCAUCGUCGCUCGCCUAUCGGGCGAGGGCAUGAAGCGCUCUGGCAGGAUAGCCAUGACCAGGUCGAUUGCUAAGACUAGCAAGAAGUUGAAACCGAUCAGAAAGGAGCUCGCGCUGCGACGCAAGGCAUUGUUCAGGAAGGGACCUCGACUACCAGUUGACUCGCAUCGAGGAGAAACCCUCGCUCGUGCAACACCAGAAGGGUCAGUGAGUGGGGGCACAUCCUAUGGCGAGGGAAGAGAAGAUGCCAGAUCACCGGCACGUCUCGAGCAGGGAGCUGCUGAAGCUGUGAGUAGACCACUGCUGUGCAAAGGCGCGAUUGUUCUUUCAGACGGGCCCAUGUGGCCACACACUGAACGACGCUAUCCUGACGCGGACAACAUGUAGCUCCACAAGCGUUCGAUCGCUGUCUCACUCGCAGCACCGCGUGCAAUGUUGAUUUCGACACCGAACGAGAGAGUAUUGGGGCAGAGUAGUCUCACGAGUGGCUUGGACAAUAUCCAGGAGGCUGCUGCGAUCGAAAAGCGACAACCUAUUGAAGUAAAGUAUCCGGCCUCGCUGGCAGGCGAAGAACAUGGGCUACAUCGAAGCCAACUACUCAACGCGAUUGCUCACUAUCGCGAAACUGGUCUUUCCGAAAUGGCAAGCGCAGAAGUCGUGAGGGGCUUCGAAGCGGAGCCUCAUCGAGUAGGCAAAGUCAUACGUGCCCGAAUCAAGGCGUUCGAUGCUCAAGGGAAGACGAUCAUCAACCCAAAGGCCGAUGCUCAGCCUGACACCCACAUCAUUUACCUGUCGUCGGGUUCGCGUCUUGUGGAUCAAUACGGCAGAGUUUGGCUUGGUAGAAAUCCACAUCCUAUGGAAGAGAGAGUGGGUGAUGUGCCUACAGGUCGUCCGAAAAUGGCGGGCUCAAGCCGUAGAGCUCCCAGCGAUCUGCAUCACAGCAAUCUAGCGAACCCAGGAGCCACCGAAGCGGGAACAGCGGAGCGAUGGAGAAAGGCCGAAGAUGCUCAAGCGGGAAUCUCCGACUCGCGCACGGAGAGGGACACGGCAAGGAGAUGGCGAAAAGAUUGGGACGCUGGAGUGGGUAGCUCUGGCUCGGGGACAACUGCGCAAAGCUUGGGAGCGUCCAGCUGGCGCGGACGCUCUUCUGCACCAUCUCCGUCGGCUAGAAGUGAUGCCAGCUCAUGGCGAAGACCGUCAGAAGCUUCGCCUUCUAGUCAACUGCCCAAGAGUCGAAGCGAUGCGUCAAGUUGGCGUAAAGAUGACCAGCCGAGAAGGCUGGAACGUCGAUUGGAAGCAGUGAAAAGCCUCUUGUGGGAUUGGGGUCCUGUGGCCGAAGACAAGUAUCAUUACCAUCGCAACACAAUCGCGCAUGCUGUCCAUGACCUGACCAAAACUCAGCCGAUUCUUGAGACAGCUAAGCGAGCCCAAGUAGUGCGCACUUGGCACCAACCUGCUCCAACGGGCAAGCAUCCCGUUCAGUCCCUGCAGGCUCACCUUCGCUUCGAGGACGCGAGAGGCAGAGUGAUCAAUCCAUACGGCGCGCGCAACAAGGGUAACCACCCGGUUCGAGUGUUUUUGGACAACGGCAAGAAGUUUACGGCAGAAGAUGGAAAGGUCUGGAUCGGACGCAGCGCGACGCCCACCGUUCAGACGCACGAGACUUUUGCCAAGGAAGGAUGGACGAACAGACAGCCUUCUAAGGAGGCAAGCGUUGAUGGAAAUAGUCAGCAGGCAGGCGAAUCGCAAACUUCGACUCCUUCCAGCACUUCAGGUUUGGAGAGCACCACCAAGAGCAUGCGAUACAGACCACCUUCGCUGCGCUCGACUGCUGCUACCGAUGCCGAUGCGGCAUCUUUGACCAAGCCAACCGCUUCGAAACGCCGACACAAUUUCCGUCCUCAGCAUCCAUGGUCUUCACGCGGCAUGGGUAGAGCUGAUGCCGUCGACUCCUGGCGCACAGACGAUCUUAUUCCAUCGAAGGCUGAAGAUGCGGAAGGGCUGUCAAGCUCGAAGAGCAAAGACAGAUGGCGCUGA